AUGGAACAAGUAAAAGAAUUGAUUGAAAACAUGAAAUAUGGAGAGUUGGAUAGCAUUGAAGAAGAAAGCCUGAAGGGAGUAGAACAAUUCUUCGAUGAAUCUUCAGAAGAACGCAAAAAGGAAAUAGCAGAUUUAUUUGAUAUAGAUAUUGAAGAUGAUGAUGGGUGGAUCAUCUUUUUCAAAGAGUGCACAGAUACCUACAACGGUACCAGUUACAGUAGGGCUAUAGAAUCUGUAAUCAAUUUUAUAAAUAGUCGUAUUCUACCGCGUAUGGAAAAGACGUCGAGGGUCAAUUUCACCAUGUUAGCUUUUAGAUUUGAUAUGAGUGAAAAUAUUCCGAAAAAAUAUUGGGAAGAAAUUAUUGGCGUUAAAGAUGAAUACGCAUGGAGAUGGGCAUGUCACCACGGAAGCCUGAACUCACUUGAAAAACUGGUAGCGAUUGGUGUAGAUGUUUCUGUCCGGAACUAUCAAGGUUUCCGCUGGGCUUGUCGUGGUCAAUGUUAUGAUGUAGUGCAUUAUCUUCUUCAAUUGCAAGGAAAUUACCAACAUCAUCCUAUGAUGGAGCCGACUUUCUACGAAGAUCCUGAAUUAGCCAGAUACCUUAUCCGGGUAUUUAUAGAUACUUGGCGAAUCCCUAGUAAUAAUUCUAAUGUCGUGGCUAUCAAAGAUGCUUGUAUGGCAAAGGUUGACUGGGAGAGUAAAAUCUUCAAAUAUUGUGAAAAAUGGAAGCAAGAGUUACAAAAUGCAGAAAAAUACAAGGAGGCAGAAAUCAGACGGGCGAUAUCAGAUUUGUUACGUUUGCGAGGGGAAAGAAAGGUAUGCGGCGACUCCUUACUCCAAUCCGAAGGAAUUGUUACGAAAGAUGAUUUAUCCUAUAUAACUUUUAACGAAGCCGUAGACAAAUAUCUAUUAUCUGAUCGGUUUAAAGAAGUUUGGCAUCCGGGAUCGGACGGAAAGGUUUUAGAUAUUGUUCAUCCUUCAUUGGAUCCUAUUAUCCACGGAAUUGCUCCGAGUAAAGACUGGAAUAAUAUGCCCUCGAGUUUGUAUUUCUUACAAACUGCUUCUAUUUCGUCUAAAUAUCAAUGGCCAGCAGUAGAUGUCACUGUAGACGAUUUGGGAAACAUAGCUAUCUCAGGAAACAUCGGAAAUUUAUCGAGAGAUUUAGACAAGGCCAUUUACGAUUCAAUAACUUCCUCAUUAAAAGAUGUACUGCCCGCUUUUGAAGAUGUUUUAAACGCAAAUGAUUGUUAUUACCAAUCAUCCAGAAAGCGUUCAUAUGAUGAAGAUGAUUCUAAACAUAAUAAAAUAAGCCUUCGAAAUAGAAAACUUCAAGUCAUCGUUAAAAUCGCAGAAAUAAGGUUAAAAAAGGGAGAAUCAUACCCAGGUGGAAGUUGGCAUGUGGAAGGAACAACAAAUGAAAAAAUAGUUGCCAGUGCUGUAUGUUAUACCGAUAUUCAAGGAAUAUAUACGUCAAGAUUGGCAUUUAGGAAAUGGAUUGACGAAUUCGAAGAUUUGACGUCUUAUCAACAGAAUUUCCAUGACCCAGUUGCAGAGAUAAAUGAUGUACAUGACAGCGAAUCGACAAUCAAGCCAAUUGGAUCGUUACAAGCUAAAAAAGGCAGAUGUAUCGUAUUCUUUAACAAAUAUCAACAUAAGGUAUUACCAUUCACCGCAAAAUCAGAUGGAAUGAGAAGGAUACUCUGUUAUUUUUUAGUAGACCCCGCAAACCAUAUUUCAGAAAAAAAGGAUAAUAGUCCUCCUUUAUACGAUAUGGCCCAUUUCGAGAAGAUAAUAGAAGAAAGAAAAAAGUCUCGAGCAGACUCUGGUAAUAAAUUUGAAAGAAAAUUGAAACUGAAUACUUGA